CUACACUCGGGGCUGUGUUCGGGGUGACGACCUGCCUCACUGCCGAGAUCCGGGAGAAGCCAGAUGAUCCCUUGAACUACUUCAUAGGAGGCUGCGCCUCCGGAGCUGUCGUCGGGGCGAAAACUCACAAUUACUUCACCGGUACCAUGUGCUGUUUGGGGUUUGGGAUCACUGCUGCCCUCAUGAAGAUUGGUAACAAGGAGGGCUGGAGGCUGGCGGGACCUCCCAAGCUGUGA